UAGGAGGAUCAUCUUGAACUCCAUCAAUUGACAAGCAACGCAAAACUAUUUAGCUGCCAUGCAUCCGAUUAUAAUUUUUUCGAAGAGCUUCAGGCGGUUUCUUUGGAAUAAACACAGCAGGCUGCGUGUAAGGUUUCGACGUCUACGCGUCGCGAAAAUAUAUUGCAUAGUAACACGACGAUCGGACAACAACCAUAAAGAGUGAUCUAAACGCUCUCCAACCAAUUUAUUACUUGCCCUGGCAGCGAAGGACCAGGGGCUCUCUUUCAUACUGUCUCUCCUCCUAACAACAAAUGAUUAUCGGUUCACUCUUGUCGUCGUCUUCUCCCUUCAUAUGCCGAUCCGCUAAUCGGGUUCGAGAUUUCCUCACCAGUCUUUCCACAUACAUUUGUCCGACCUGCGCUGAACUUUGAACACCGCUCCCAACUUGAUUCAUGACUCCCUCCAUGUUUUGAGGCUCUUCUUCGUUUUCCUCUUGUAUCACUGUCACUUCGGGGGAAUUUGUAUUCCCUCCUUCCAAUGCUCGGUUCACCUAAACCUAAUCCACCUCCUAAUUCAAGUUAUAAUAGUAACGAUUCGUUCCCUACACACACACGUUUAGAUUUCUCAUCCUCAAAGUCAUCGUCCCCUCUUUCACAACAUCACUUGACACACCAACCCACGCUCGAACAGCAAUCACCCGUUUCGUCGCCUUCAUCUCAACAUACCGACCAGAAUUCACCCGUUUCGGAGGAGCCAGUAGCAGACAUGGAGCAGAAGGGGGAUAAGGGGAAGGGCGUAAGCCGUUCCAGUCCUUCAGACUCAUCUUCGCAGGGAGACAUGGCAGACACUGAAAUGGAAGCGGGUCCGAGCCAACCUACAGAGGAGGAGCAACCUCCUCCACCUCCAAAGAAGAAACGCACGCGUACCUUAACAACUCCUCAGCAGGCAGCAGUCCUACAUGCACUCCUCGCUCAGUCGAGAUUCCCCACAACGGCUAUGCGGGAAGAAGUAGGUCGGUCUAUCGGGCUGAGUGCUCGUAAAGUCCAAAUCUGGUUUCAGAACCAACGACAGAAAGCACGGCGACCUCGAGGGCAUAAUGCGCCGCCUCUUACGCGUCCUCCUCAAUAUGGGCCAUACACCAACGUACCGCUAGCUAGCAUUGCCGAGACUUCAGCCACCGCGUCAUCUUCUGUCCAGCAGACGACAAAUACCCUGGGAGCUGAGCAACGAAUGAUCACCGGUCCUACGGGAGAGUCACGUUCUUACAAUGCCCCUCUAGGCGCGUCGUGGAGCGCUGGCGCAGACUUCUACACUCAACGAGAGACAUACUCGUCGGAAGCACAUAGGAGAAGGAGUUCUUUGCCUCAGCUCUCAGGUCCUGGAGUUCCGGGCUCAGGUGUUGGCAUUCCAGGCCGCACAUCAACGUCGCAGGAGUUAACUGAAUCCCAAUUCACGACUGCCCAGUCUAGCGACAUACAUCGCAGGAGGCGACAGACCGAAGGCGACUUUCCCAUUGUACUUCCGCCUCUUCGGAUCCACCGCUCUCCAAGUCCUGCUGCUCAGUCAGCUCCAGUGCAGUCCUUGAGCAGUGGCUUCCCUGCUGCAGCACGACUCGCUCCGUUGUCGUCAGCACCUGCAGUACUUCCUUCUCCAGGGGUACCUGGAGAACCUUCUUCCUUACGACCAGUCCAGUCUCCUACUGCUCCUACCCACAUACCGCCACCAUUCACUCUUGAGCCCCGGCCACUUUGGGAUGACUCGGUGUUUUCGCCAUUCAGCCGUCCACACGCAUCACCGUACGAACCACGAUCAAGUCCCACUCAUUAUCAGCCUACAUCCGCUCCUAUUCAACCUACAUUCCAACUACCCUCCUUAACUAAUCUCCGACUGCAUGAAGGCUCUGCGGAUUCGCAAGUUACCUUACCUCCCAUUCGAACUCGUGGCGAUAAUGUCCGUUCUGCAUCGUCUUCAACACAAGGCGCUUUGCCAGGACCAUCCGCCUCGCGUUCCUAUUCUCGCACUCACGACAGGGACCCAUCUGGGCACCAUGAUCCAAGCCGAUGAAAUCGAGCAAGUUACACCCUCCCUCACAGCUGUUGUUGUAUUUCUCUGUUUAUCUUCACGCUCUUUUUACGUCUCUUCUACGAAUAUCUUGCCAACUAUCAUACACAUCCCGACAUGCGGUGAUAAUACUUUCGUUUCUACUGUUUUCUUCGAGCCAACUAACAUGUACGAAUCUGGAAAUACACUACCAGCCUUCAGUACCAUUAUAAUCUCUCGUUUGUUUUCUAGAUGAUCUAGAAUACCCGUUGUUUAAUAGCUAAUGCUUCUAAAGAACCCGCACCUUCAUUUAUCAUUAUAGUACUCGUUGUCUACAUUAUUCAUACAUACUGUACAAUUCACAAUGUCAUAGAUACUAAUACAAUACGACGUCAUAUUAGUGUUCAUUGAAAAGUUUGCCUCCUUGAAGUCGCCAAGGUCGGGUAAUGCAACUUUGCGCGAAAUUCAUUUAUUGCAACCGUUCCAGAUACAGAACUGAGUACAGUAGAAGAAGCGUAG